AUGCUUCUCAUCGUCCUUUCCAUCGUCGCCUGCUGCUGUGUGCCUGCCUUGCUGGCGAGGCUGCGAGGAGCGGGCGGCGCUGCACGGCUGAUCGACGGCAAGGCCAUCGCGGCUGCGAUCCGGAGGGAGGUGAAGCAGCACAGCGAGGCGCUCAUUGCAUCGCACAAAGUCACGCCCGGCCUCGCGGUGGUGCUCGUCGGCGCCCGCACAGACUCAGCCACGUACGUCAAGAUGAAGAAGAAGGCGGCAGCAGAGGUGGGGUUCCACUCCAUCGACAAGACCUUCGAAGAGAGCGUGACCGAGGAGGCGCUGCUGCAGUGCGUGCAGGAGCUCAACAGCGACCCAAGCGUGCACGGCAUCCUCGUCCAGCUUCCGCUGCCCAAGCACAUCGACGAGGCGAAGGUGCUCGAGAGCAUCAGAGUCGAGAAGGACGCGGACGGCUUCUCGUCCGAGAAUGUCGGCAACAUGUGCUUGCGCGGCGGCAAGCCGCCGCUCGCCGUGCCGUGCACGCCCGCCGGCUGCAUCGAGCUGCUGCAGCGCUCGGGCGUGGCCGUGCGAGGCAAGGAGUGCGUGGUGGUCGGCCGCUCCAACAUCGUCGGCAUGCCGGUGGCGCACAUGCUCCAGUCGAUGGACGGGACCGUGUGCCACUCCAAGACGGCGGGCCUCCCUGCACACGUGCGGCGCGCCGACAUCGUCGUCGCCGCCAUCGGAGCCGCCGAGUUUGUCAAGGGCGACUGGAUCAAGCCGGGCGCAAUCGUCAUCGACGUGGGCAUGAACACAAAGCCUGCCGACACGGCCAAGGGCUUCCGGCUGUGCGGCGACGUCGACUUCGACGCGGCCAGCCGGCGCGCGAGCGCGAUCACUCCCGUGCCGGGCGGCGUCGGCCCGAUGACGAUCGCGAUGCUGCUCAAGAACACGCUCAACCUUGCCCGGCACGCGGCUGGCCUGCCUCGCCUGCCGCUGCGGGCUGAGUAG